AUGACCAAUCCGGGAACUGUCAAAAAUUUAGCAGAAUCUAGAGCGAUAUUUUCGUAUUUUAAUAAAAUUGGUCCUCUAUUAGAAUUUAAAUUUGGGAGGGAAUUAGUGGAGCACAAGAAAAUCUUGAAAUUUGGAUGGGUCAGCUAUAAGGACAACGAAAUAUCUGCAAAACUGUUGUCGACCGAAACCUUAUCACUGCCUGAGCCCUUAUCCGUCGAUGUUAAAUUCGAAGAAUCGAUUCACGAAGCUGUUCACCACAAACCAUUGCCUCACCGGUAUAGACCCAGAUUCACGGGCUUUUAUAUUAACGAGAGUAACCCGAAAGAGAAUAUAGACGCCUCUAAAAUUUUGGAUUUAUUCUCAACACCAUUGUCGGUGUCAAAGGAAAAUUCCUCGGCAAAGGACACAGGCACAGGCGAGGGGGAAACAACUGUUGAAGAACUUAUCGAAGAAUCAAUUGAAGAUUCGGAAACCAAUCACAAGUCGUCGUCAUUGUCAAAU